AUGAAGGUGUUAAAGUUGUUGAUUAUAGCAUCAAUCAUCACAUAUGCGGCUGCUCGUGUUGUAGGACCACAAACCGUAGAAGCCAGAAGAAAAACAAAGCUUCAAAGUAAGCAAGAUGAUGAGCCAGAAGGCGUAGAUGUAGAUUCAGAUAUUCCCGUUGCAAAUAUUCAAGUUUAUGAAGUCUCAUCAAGUACAACAAGUGCAUCAGCUGAAGAUGUUGCUGACAGUGUUGAGACUUCCGUCGCACCAAUAUCAGCAGAAACAACAGUGACAUCAGCCGAGUCAACAGAAGCGACGAUUUCAAAUGAGGACGAUUCAAAUCCGAUAAAUCGUUACUGCAAAUGCACAAGCUUUGAAUGUGAUUGUUGUCGUGACUUUGCAUUGCCAUUAGUUCCAAUUCGUGGACCUGGAUGUGCAAACAUUAGAUAUCUUGAAGGCGAUCGUUUGUCGGUUGGUAUCAAGUUUGGAAAUCGUGUCUUGGCUAAUCGUAUUGUUAAUGGACGUAAGGCAACACCAGUCUGCCUGCCACUUCCUGGUGGUUUUACAAACUUCUGUGGUCGUAUUUAUGGAAUCUCAAAGAAGAAUGAGAACUUUAAGGCAUGCUUAGGAUUAGAAUUACGCGCUGACGAUGAAGUUGAAGCUGCAUUGAGAGUUUCAUGCUUUGAUUUUGGUCCACGUGGCUUGAAAGUCACUGAUGCUGAGCCACUUCCACCUGUACCAGCUGAAGAUGAGGAUGACGAUGAUGAUGAUGAUCUUUUCGGAUUCGGUGGAGGAGAUGAUGAUGAUGAUGACGAUGACAUUUUGGGUGAUGAUGAUGACAGUGAUAGCGAUGAUGACCGUCCAACAGGGCAAUCAGCAAACCCACAACCAUCAGCUGCAGAAGACGACGAUGAUGAUGACGCAGAUUACACUGGAUUCAGUCUUCUUUCCGGUGACUUUUUGGAUGAUAUUUUGGGCGGUGAUGAUGAUGACAGCUCUGUUGCUCAACCACAGCCAGCACGUAAAAACCCAAAAAGAAAACAAGUCAAACCACAAGACAAUACAAAUGUUGAAAAUAAUGAGGUCGAUGGGGUAUUGGAUGAUGAAGAGACGGAAGAAUUAGUGAGACCAGUACAAGCUGAUUCAAGUGAUGACGAGGAGGAUGAUGAUGAAGAGGACGGUGGCAUUUUCGGAAUUCUUGAUGAUCUCAUAUCAGACGGAGAUGACGAGGAAGAGAGCGCAGAAGAGCAAUUAGAGGACGAAGUCUCAGAAGAAAUUGUACAAAAUGAAUUAGAAGAUGAUGCAGAAGAUGUUGCAGAGGAAGUCGAUGACGUCACUGGCAGCGUAAAAGACGCAGAUCUUGACAAUGAGAAUGACCUUGAAGAUCAAGCACUAGAAGAAGCGGUCGUUGACGAUGAUAACGAUUCCGACGACGAUGAUGAGGAAGAUUUAGAAGACAAGCCAACAAGCUACAGUGCACUUUCACUUUUAGGCCUUAGAAACUUCUUUUCACGAUUCUUUCAUUAA